CUGGUGCUUUUCUUUCAUUUGGAUAGAUCCAGACUUCCAUUUAGUAUCUUUUUCCUUCUGCUUGAAGAACUUCCUUUAACAUUUCUUAUAGUGAAUGUUACUGAUGGAUUCUUUUAACAUGUACAAUUUGAAAUCAUCUUUAUUUUACCUUAGUUUUUUAAAGAUAUUUUCUAUGGCUAUUGGAAUUUUAGUUGAUAGUCUCUUUCAAUAUCUUAAACAUAAACUUUACUGUCUUGUUUCCAGUGAGUAUCUGCUAUCUUAUUUUUCUUCCUGUGUAUACAAUCUGUUAUUUUUCUCUAUCUGUUUUCAGCGUAUUUUCUUAUUACGGGUUUAGAGCAAUUUGGUUUUGAUGUUACUAGUUGGCUAUAGUUGUCUUCAUGUUUCUUGUGUUUGGCUUUAUUUAGUUUCUUUUUUAUUAUUUUUUGGGUGUGUCAGUUACCCAUACACGAGGGUGUUUGGUGGUGUCCCACAGCUCAUUUGUGUUGUUCUCUCUCUGUUUUAUAGUUUCUGUUGCUAUGUCUUUAUGUUGAUUGAAUUUUUAAAAUCCUCUCCUGGGGAUAUGUUAUUGGUAUGAGAAAGACAGAGAAACACACAAAGAUAUCAGUGUGCGAGAGAAACAUCAAUCAGUUGCCUCUCCUGUGCACCCCAACUGGAAAUCGAACCUGCAGUCUUUUUGUUGUAUGGGAUGAUGAUCCAACCAGCUGAGCUACCCAGCCAGGGUGUUUUGGCAUUUUCUUUGUAGUGCCUAAUCUCUUGUUAAUACCAACCAGCAUUUUUCAUUACUAGAAGAUUCAAUUUAUUUAUUUUUAAUAUCUUCAUAUCUCUACCUAAUAUGCUUAAUAUUUCCAUUUACCUUUUGAACAUAUAAGCUACAGUUAUAUAGACUACAGUUAUAACAACUGAUCUAAUGUUCUUGUCUGAUAAGUCUGUCACAUGGGUCUUUUCUCCUGAUUGAUUUUUCUCAUCAAGGGUGGUCUUUUCCUGUCAGACAUCAAUUUUACCUUGUUUCUAUUCUGGACAUCUUUGUAUUUCUAUAAAUAUUCUUGAGAUUAUUGUGGGACACAGUUAAGUUCCUUGGGAAUGGCUUUAUUGUUUUGAGACUUUUUAAAAUUUUGUUAAAUAGGAUCAAAGCUAUAUUUAGUCUAGAGCUCAUUUUGCCCCACUACGGAGGCAUUGACCUUCUGAGCACUGUACUUGAUGACGUGAAUCAUGAGGUUUUCUACUCUGUUUGGUAGGUGUUCCUGGCUGUGUGAGCCAUGGCACUGAUAGGCUAGAGCUUUGUCUAAGCCAGUUAUUAAAAUGUCAGGAAGUUUGUGAGCUGGUUUAAUUCUUAGUUGAAUACAAUCAUAUAAGCUUAUAAUUAAGUUAUAUUAAGUGCAAAGGUAAUAAAUAUUCAAAACUCAUUAUCUCCUACUUGUAUUAUUACAUAUUACUCUUUUUGUGCUCUGGUGGUAAUUUGCUACAGUGUAUCUCUUCCCAACUUUGUGCUAUGUGAUAUCACUUGAUGGGUAGGAAUAUUGACACCUUGGACAUUAGUAACCCUAUAAACCACGAACUACAAACCACUCACUACCCCCAGUUGUUACAUUUUCCAGCGUACCCCUGGCUAUGCAUAUCUUUCUCUGCACUCCCUAUGAGUGGUUUUCCAGUAUGUUCAGUACUCAGCUCAAGACUUAAGGGGAAUCUGCAGAGUUUCUGAGGUCUGCCUUUUGUCUCUCCAUAGUUCCCACCUCUCUGGUACGGUGUUUUUGGGGCCCUGCCUACUUUGGUCUCCCCAGACUCCUCACUUCUUCAUCUUAACUCAGGGAGACUGCUGUGCUUUGUCUGGGAUAACCCUCCCUGCUCUGUAGCCUGGAAACUCUAAGCAGUUAAUCUGGGACAGUUAAAGGCUUUGUUUCAUGUUUUUCCUCUUUCAUUGAUCACUGUCCUACUUUAUCUGGUUGCCAGCAUCUGAAAAACAACUUUAAUACAUUUGUCCAGAUAUUUAGUUGUUUUAGUCUUGGCCAGAAGCAGAAAUCGCUAGGAAGUGUUUUAAAUAGGAGAGUGACGUAAGUGUGCUUUUUAGAUCACUCUGUGACCAUGCACUUGUAAGUGACAAGACUUAAAGUAGAGGGGCCAAUUACAAGGCAGGUGCGUUAUUAGUUCAAGUGAUGAUGAGGCCUAAGGUUGGUCAUGGUUGAUGACACUGGAGAGGUAGGAAAGGAUUUGAAAUAUGAAUGGAAAAAUUUAGUUCAGGGUUUCUAAAAGGAUAGAUCAUGAAUCAUUUACAUUUGAAUCACCGGUUGUAUUUGAUAAAAUUCUGUGCCCUGUCCCGUUUAUUGAAUCUGAAUUUUUAAGGAUGAGGUUUAGAAAUUUGCAUUUUAAACAAGUACUUAGGGUAAUGCUACAUACAGCUAAAGUCUCACAAGAGACUGAUGCAGUUUUUUUCAAAAUGUAAUCCUCUUCCUUGGAGGAGCCCCCAGUGGAACUUGGGAUGACCUAAAGUAGUUCCUGAAAACUAAAGAUUUAUGCAUACAUGUCCAGAGUGCUAAACCUCAAUUUCUGCUGUGGUUGGUUUCAGGAAUUUCUUAGGCACACUAAAGUCUGAAAACCAACAAACUAAAGUACUUCACAGACAUAAUCUCUUUUGACCCUCUGAGAGGUAGUAGGCAGGUAUUUUGUCUCUUGUUUUAUAGAUGAAAAAAUGAAGUGCAGAAGCACAAAGUGGUUUGAUAUGGUCAGUUAUUAUUAGGGGCAGAAAUCAUACUUAUGUCUCCCUCCACUAAAUCUGGUGUUCUUUGUGCUAUCUUUCUGUCAACAUUGAAAUAGGCUUAUAUCUAAAAUCCAAGACACUGGACCUAUGGGAGGUCCAAUUCAGGGAGCAGAAAAAGUACUCUUCUUUGGUUAUACUUUGUACUGAAUAAAAAUUCGGUUUGUCACCAAUUCCGUAUCCUAGUCAGCCGAGCAGUCCUGUCUCAUCUUGGCCAAGACCUCACUAAAAUGCCCUCUCACGUGGGACACACCAUGGAAACCAUGAUGUUCAAGUUUUACAAACUUGCUGAGGAUACAGACCGCUUAACAAAGGAGGGCUUGAGAGUAUUUAUGGAAAAGGAGUUCCCAGAAAUUUCAGAAAAUCUGGCUGUGGACAAAAUAAUGAAGGACCUGAACCAGUGCCAAGAUGGCAGACUGGAUUCCAGAACUUUUUUCCCGCUAAUUGCUGGGCUCCCCAUCAUUUGCAACAAUUAUUUCGUAGUACACACACGUGAAGCAGAAGAGAAAGAAGUAGGCAACUCUGAGAAGUUAAUCCCACCCUGAUAAGAGUUCUCUGCUGUACAGCCUCUCUCUGUAUUAGGAUAUCAUGAACAGUUUGGAACCCUUAGAAAAUGCACAAAAAAAAUCCCACCCCAUUUGACAAGAAAAGCCAAUUAAAGCCAGAUAAGCUUUUGCUUUUUAUGUUGCUUGCAUUCUCAUGCCUCAAUAAACAAGUUUCUUUUUUAGUUCCUUAAAAAAAUUGGUUCAGCUCUCUAUAGCAAGUAGGUAACUGUGAUAAGCUUAAUUGUCUGGGAAAGGGCUUUGACCUUUCCAGAUGUUUUUUACAACCUACUUUGAAUAUUCCUCUUUGUUUCUUUUAAAAUUACUUAAAGGCAUAAUGUAGUGCACAUAUUUGAUAUUUUCACUUAUAAUAACUGAAGAAUUGAGUCUGUAGCAUAACCUUUUUUAUUUUUUUACUAUUUUCCUAGGAUCUUAUUAAACUAAAAAAAUCCUCAGUGUCAUAUAAUUUAGGUUGGAUUUAGCUUAGACUUCACAGUUUUAUUUUUAUAGUAAGUUGUAUGGCUUAUGCCUUUGCUAUAUUACUAGCAUUGAUCAUUUCUAGUGAGAUUUUCUGUAGUCUUUUGAAGUGAUUUCAUGUGUGCCAUGAAUCUGAGGUCCUGUAAUGUAUUUGACACAGUAGUACCAGUGUUAGCUUGCAAACAGCAGGAAAAGUAAUUCUUUUCAGUUAAGAUUGGUUUUUGAAUAGUCAAUGAAUUUAUUAGUACAUGAAAACAAGCAGAGCUCUGUGGCAAGGAAUAAAUAAGAGGCAUUAGGAAUAGGAUUUUAAAUGGUUUGUUUCCCAUUUUGUAUGCUUUUUUUAAAGACAAAAUAACCAGGUUUUUUAAACUUCUGGAAAUAAGUUACUGUAGUUUAAUUCAAAUAAAAAAUUGUAGGUCUUACAAUUCAGAGUAGUUUAUCUGCUGCAGAACGCAUAUGGCAUUUGUGCUUGAUGCUUAAAUUGGAAAUGUAUAGUGAAUGAAAUGAGCAGUGUAGGGAACACAAGAGUUUUGAUUAGUUUAACUUACUUGCUUUUUACAAGAAAGUUUAUAGCAACUUAAGGAAUACUUAAAACUUAAUUUUUUGCUAUUGAUGUCUUUUAACAUUUGAAAAAAUGAAUAGAGAAUUGUUUUAAAUAUUUGAGGAUAGAUGUCAGGGUUUCUUAACUAUCUACUCUAUUUUCUUUAACAAAAUCCAGCUAUAUUUGAUAUAUUAGUUUCUACUCUGACAUUAAUGAAAGAUUUUACUGAGAAGGUCUGGCAGAUGGACAACUCCAGUAACACAUUUUAUCCACAAAAUAGCAUAAGGCUAUUUGCAUUUUCUUGGUAGAGCGUUACUCUUUCUUUUUAUUGCAUAGGAAUUUGGAACGGUACCAUUGUGAAUCAUUUUAGAAUGCCAUUCAUAGGUUUCUUUCUUUGAUAUAUAUGAAUACCUAAUUUUUUUUGUAGCUCACUUUUUUCCACUUAUAAACUGGUAGAAAAGUUUUAUAUAAUGCUUUUCUUCAUCAUAAGCACAUCUAUGUAUUUUUCAGACUUGCGGCCUACAACCAAGCCUGUGUUUUUAAGAAGCUGGCUUUUAAUACUCUGGUUUUUCUUCAGAUUGUAUGAAUCUUUCACCUUUUAAGAAGCUGGCUUUUAAGGAAUAUUUGUACAGUUACAACUGCAUUCAUUUUUCUUCAUUUAUUUUG